AUGGCUGUGCGCGACGCAUCGGGGACGCUGCCCCAGCGGAGAUCGGCGCGCGCGCUGCGCAAGGCCGAGCGGCGGCUCGUCGCAGGCAUCGCCGAGGCCCGCGACGAUCCCAUUUCCGACGAUGAAUGGCUCCACUGCCUCGAACUCACGCUGUCGGAGGACCGCGACGACACGCUGGUCAUGCUGCCCGGCUACGGCCUCGGCGCCGGCGCGUUCACAAUGGUGCUCCGCGACCUCCAGGCCCAGGGCGCCGGCGCCACCUUCGGCCGGGCCGUCGCGCUCGAUUGGCCCGGCACGGGCCUCGCGUCGCGCUUCGACCGGCGGAACCUCUCGCUGAAGGAGCUCGUCGACUACGCCGUCGAGCGCCUCGAGGCCUGGCGCGCGCGGCGCGGCUUCGAGCGCGUCACGCUGCUGGGCCACUCGCUCGGCGGCUACCUGGCGUUCUGCUACUGCGAGCGCUACGGCGCGAGUGUCGCGCGGCACCUCGUGCUCGCGUCGCCGCUGGGCGUGCCGACCUACCCGGCCUGGCGCGAGCCGCCCGUGUCCGAGGCCGCCUGGCUCGCGCGGAAGCAGCGCGACCUCGAGGAGGGGCGGCGCGCGCGGACGGCCUUCGACGGCUCGGGAAGUUCGAAGGUCCGCGCGUUGUUCCGGGUCCUCGCGUGCUGCGCGCUCGGCCCCUGCGCGCUCGUCGGGAACGCGUGCUCCCGGAAGCGCGCGGCGGACGUGUCCGCGCCGCUGACGAACGUCGUCGGCCAGUUGCGGUGCGGCUGCCUGCGGCGCCUCGCGGCGAAUACCGUGGGCAUGGCGAAGUUCAAGCGGAACGGCCAGUGGGCCGGCGGCCUCAAGCCCAGGUUCGCGGACUACGUCGACGCCUUCGCGACGCACUGCGCCUACGAGUCGUUCGGCGAGUACUUUUACGAAAAGUGCGUGAUCGGCUACUCCUACGGCACGUUCUGGGCGCGCGAGCCGCUCGGCGGCGACGCCGUCGAGAUCCCCUUCGUCGACGGCGCGCUCCCGAAGCCGCCCUUCGGCGGGAGGCCGUCGUCCGGGCGGCUCCAGGCCUUUUUGCGCGCGCGCGACGCGGCGAACGACGGCUUCCGCUGCUCCUUCUUCUUCGGCUGCGAGGACUGGAUCGACUGCCGCGUCGUCGUCGACGCCGCGCGCGGCGCCGCGUGCGUCAACGGCCCCACGGGCGGCGCCAUGCACCGCAUCGAGCGGUGCGCCCACCAGUCCAUGGUCGACCACCCCGCGGCCUUCGCGCGGGCCGUCCUGCUGCUGUCGCGGGGCGCCGCGUGA